AUGCCCGUGCGUCUCUCAGGAUCAGGACCGCCUGCAGACCAGACGGUGGUCAUCGAGGAGUUUCGCUACCUGUCCCAGAAGAUCUUUGUGUCUGUGUCCGUCUUUGCUGGGUUGGGAAUCCUGCUGGGGAUCGUCUGCCUCACCUUCAACAUCUACAACAGCAAUGUCAGGUACAUCCAGAACUCUCAGCCUUACCUGAACAACAUGACUGCAGUGGGCUGCAUGAUGGCGCUGGCUGCUGUCUUCCCUCUGGGCAUCGACGGCCUACAUGUCCACAGGAGGCAGUUCCCCGUCGUCUGCCAGUUCCGCCUGUGGCUGCUCGGCCUGGGUUUCAGCCUCGCCUACGGCAGCAUGUUCACAAAGAUCUGGUGGGUCCACACCGUCUUCACCAAGAAGGAUGAGAAGAAGGACAGGAGGAAGCACCUGGAGCCGUGGAAACUCUACGCCACCGUCGGCGUCCUGCUCGGCAUCGACGUCCUGUCCCUCAUGAUCUGGCAGAUCGUGGAUCCUCUACAUAUCACAGUGGAGAAAUUCACCACAGAAGCCCCCAAAGGAGACCUGGAUGUUUUGAUCCAGCCUUUACUGGAGCACUGCAGCUCAGAGAAGAUGAACACCUGGCUGGGUGUGGUGUAUGGUUAUAAAGGUUUAAUGCUGCUGCUCGGCAUCUUCCUGGCCUACGAGACCAAGUCCAUCUCCACGGAGAAGAUCAAUGACCAUCGAGCUGUGGGCAUGGCCAUCUAUAACGUCGCUGUGCUGUGUAUGAUAACAGCUCCAGUCACCAUGAUCCUGUCCUCCCAGCAGGACGCCUCCUUCGCCUUCGCCUCCCUGGCCAUCGUCUUCUCUGUCUACAUCACCCUGGUGGUUCUGUUCGUCCCUAAGAUGCGGCGUCUGAUCACACGGGGCGAGUGGCAGUCAGAUGCUCAGGAGACCAUGAAGACCGGCUCGUCCACCAACAACAACGACGAGGAGAAGUCCAGACAGCUGGAGCGAGAGAACAAGGAGCUACAGAAGAUCAUCCAGGAGAAAGAAGAGCGUGUGUCUGAGCUGAGAAACCAGCUGUCUGAGCGCCAGGCCCUGCGAUCGAGAAGGAGAGCGUCCACCGUCACCAAUCAGAACCACAGCUCCCCGUCUCGUGCCAUUACCCAGAGCGACCCCAGGUCCCUGGCCCCUCCUCCGGGGUACCCCGCCCCCAUCUCCGACCUCCACCCCGUCCCCACGUCCUUCGGCAACUCAUCCAGCCUCUACCAGCAGCAAGACAGCAAGAUCAGCCGAAAUAACUGCCACACCAGCCGACUGCAGCUGCUGUACAAGUGAGGAGGCGGAGGGGCGAGGACGGUAAUGACAUUCAGUACUAAAGUCUGUCAGAGGGGCUGACUUCAAACUCAUUCCACCAAUCAGCAGAGGCCGGAGGAUUCCCAGUUUCCAAGCUGAUCAUUGUGUCAUUUUUCUUUUCUCUCAGAGGAAACAGAUGUACAUGCAUCUUGUUAAUGUUAAUCAUCUAAUCUGCCAGUUUAUCAUGUGCCAUCUAAAGUUGGCCGAGCCCCCCCCCGGCUACAGCUGCUAACUCGUCAGCCUUUCCAUUGUAACAGUGCACAGUUUACAGUCAUGGUCGACAUGUUCAUGUCUGGAACAAAAAGACCUGACCUCUAGAUCUCAGAGGACAAAAGCAGCCUCUCAUUUUUAGCAACUGUUAAUUUUGAAGAAAAAGACGAUAUAAUUAAUUAAUCCCUGAGAGGAAAUUUAAUUUUUCACCCUGUUGUCACACACACAACAACACAACUUUAAAGUGAGUGUUACAAUUACAUGUAAAGUCAAUGUAAAGACGUGAUUAGACGCAAAUUCCCACUUAGGCAGCACAAUGGACGCAACGCGAAUGACGCGAGUAACGCAAUUUAACAUCAUACGCCUGUUCGUGAGAGUUCAAAAAAUCUCAACGUCAGCGACCAAUUUGCUCUGCAAUGGCCAAUCAGCAUUGAGAUCCUCUGGGGACGCAUGAUGCCAAGGACAUAGCAGACAAAGUUCAGUCAUUGACUCAGUGAUUUUACACACAUAUGACACGAGUCAUUUGCACGUAUGAGGCAAGUCAACACAAAAUAUUCUAGCGUUCAAACUCCCACGACUAACAGGACGCCAAAAUUUGCAUCGCAUUUGGCAUGAACGCAACACGCUUUAGCCACGGUCUGUUAGCACGGUAUCAUCAUCGUAGUCUCAUCAAACAGUUGGUAUGAUAUCCUGGGAAUUUGCGCCCCACGAAUGACGUUACAUCCUUAACAUUCAGCUACCUAAUUAACGCUAUGUUACUGUGGUAAGGAUUAGAAAAAGAAACAUGGUGAGGACGUACCUUAAAAUGACUCAAAGUUCAUGUGGAUCCAAACAGGCAACUCCAGGGAAAAGUCCAUAGUAAAGUCCAUAGGAUAUGUACAAACUAAGGUGCAUCGCUUUUUAUAGGAAAGAUUUGUGAGAACAGCCUGACAUCAUAUGUGUAGCCCUCAAGAGCAUAUUUAUGACCCCUUCAUUAAACAUGCGUCUUAUUUGAAAUUGAGUCAGCUGACGACUGCUUCAGGUCACUGAUGUGUGAAAUGAAGUCGUAUUGUUUGGAUGGUAAAUGUGGAAGCUGCAGUGCUGGGAUGGAAAGGCUGGCAGACGGAGCAACAGUAGCUAACGGUCAAUGGGGCUUAUGACAGAGCAUUUAUCAUAUCUGUACCUUACAGUGUUGCCUCCUAAUGUGUUUAGAUAGUGCUAUGUACUGUAUUAAGAGGCCGGACAGAAGGACAGACUUCAUGACGAUGUCAGUUUUGUAACUAAGUAACUGGUUGUAUCCGAAACAUGAUAAGUUUUGUCACUUUAGCUCCUCUUGUUCAAUGUUUGAUGGUGGUUUUUACAUUGUUAUUAGUCUCUGUUCAAAGAGACUGCUGAGUCAUUGUACAUAGUGCUGUGUGUUCAUGCUAAACCCCUCACUGUGGAUUAACCCGGUCCUGUUGUUUCAGGGCUGAAAAGAAAAGUAAGCUGAGGACACUGCUGUCAUAUGUCAGGUAUUUACUGUGUCGAGUGUUGUGCCUGCCACGCUCAGGAGCCGAACAUGAGGUUAAAGCAUCGACUCAGACGCCUCCGUGUGUUUAACGUGAGGCUGCAGUUGCAGCUGCGUCUGUUUUUCUGUGGACGAGACAGAUAAAUUAAAUACGAGGGACCAGCUGUCAGCUGACGAGGCUUAAAUGUCAAACCUGAAGCUAAUUCAGGGAGAUUUUCCUGGUAAUAUUUAAGCUUUUUGAAGUUGUUCUCCAGGGGCUGAAUCAUUUUCAUGUCUCGUGGAUAAGUGUAGCUAGAUGCAUGUUGCUGCAUGUUUGAGAGAUUUGUUUCCGGCUGAGGGAACAAAGAAAACGUUGCAGUACAGACUGGUUUGAGCUGAUAUCUGUGGCAGCAGCUGUGGAAUCUGAAGUUGCUGAAUCUGAAUUUUAUACUAAGACUAUAUAUAUUCAGUUUGUGUUUAAUUUAUUGUAUGUUUGAAUCAUUUUCUGUACAGAUAUGGAUCAAACAGAGGGCACACGGUGCAUCUCAGAUUCAGUUAUUUUAUUUCUUCUGACAAACAAACAGCACUGACUCAACCCACAGUUUUAAAACUUUGUGAACCAUCGAAACCUUUCUGACUUUUAUUUUUGGUGCCAAACAGUCACCUCAGUUUUGUCUUUUUUUGGCAAGAGAUCAUUCUGUCACGGCUGGUCCUGAAUCUGUUCAACACACUGACAACAUGACUCAAGGAGACCACAGUCAGUCUGUGAAAACAAAAUGUAGAUUCAAGUAUCAUCAGCGUAAAUAGUCUCACUCCGAAGUCGUUGAAUAACAGCGCUUGGUCAGCUACUUCCAGUGUCCUUCCAGACAUAGACGUUAAAAGCUGUCCUUUCACAUCGACAUGAAACGGUCUCUGUUGCUGUUUAACAGUGCCCUGUUACCGCCUGACUCUUAGGCUGCAACUGGGAUGGGAGACGAGACGAGUUAACAAAGAGUUAAAAGCUCAUUUAUUUACAUGUCUGCAUGUAUGGUUGUGUUGAAAUGUCUGUAGACUAAGCAGAAGAACAGCAGCUCCACCGUUAGGGAGGAGGGAAGUCUUUUGGAAGGUGGUGAGCUUUAUAUCAUGAAGCACUCUGGCCCAGGUGUGGUUCAUGAUGUCAACGACGACCCUCUGCCUUAACUCGCAUCCUGUAACAAAAGAGAACAGCCAGGAAAACAGACACGUCUGGUGGAGCUGAGUGGGCGGCAUCAAGGGGAAAAGACGCUGGACAACACGGAAAGUUUAGGCAGAGGAGGUCAGAGUAGAGCGGGUGGGACGGGUGCUAGAUUGAACCAACAACCUCCGUCUUUCACUCGAGAGGUCAGUGUACAUUUUCCAUAAUAUUGUAAAGCCAAACCCUGUUCUUUUGUCCUAAACCCAACCAAGUGUGUGUUGUUGAAGGGAAAAAAGUCAAUUA